GGUGUUGGUAUACGAUAAUGUGAGAAUGGAGAGGUCGGGAGUGGUGUAGUAAGGAAGCGAGGCCUCAGUGCCGCAGCAGACACACGGUUGGGAUGACGCCACGCUGGAGCUGGGGCUUUGGCCUCCUCCUCUGUAUCAUCGCUUGUGAGGCUGGGAGAGAUUUCUACAAGAUCCUUGGAGUACCUCGCAGUGCAAAUGUAAAUCAAAUAAAAAAAGCGUAUCGUAAGUUGGCAAAGGAAUAUCACCCGGACAAGAACAAAGAUGACCCCAACGCUGAAGACAAAUUUAAAGACUUGGGAGCUGCUUAUGAGGUUCUUGUUGAUGAUGAUAAGCGACAAAAGUAUGACAGAUGUGGUGAAGAAUGUGUUGCCAAAGAAGAUGGAUUUGGAGGCAUGGACCCCUUUGCCAGUUUCUUUGGUGAUUUUGGUUUUGGAUUUGGUGGUGGUCAGCCACGAGAACGAGAAGUGCCCAAGGGUGGAGACGUGACGAUGGAAAUGGCAGUUACGCUGGAGGAAUUGUAUGUUGGGAACUUUGUUGAGAUGGUACGUAAUAAACCAGUAGCUAGAUCAGCAACGGGCACACGCCGGUGUAACUGUCGUCAAGAGAUGGUUACUAGACAGUUGGGUCCUGGGCGGUUUCAAAUGACGCAACAGCAAGUGUGUGAUGAAUGCCCAAAUGUAAAGUUAGUGAAUGAAGAGAGAACUUUAGAGUUUGAAAUUGAACCUGGAAUGGUAGAUGGACAAGAACAUCGGUUUAUUGGUGAAGGUGAACCUCAUAUUGAUGGUGACCCUGGUGAUCUUAUCAUUCGCAUUAAGACAGUUCCACAUGAAAAAUUUGAGCGUCGAGGUGACGAUCUGUACACGAAUGUUACUUUGUCCCUUCAAGAGGCUCUUUUAGGAUUUGAACUUAAUAUUCCACAUCUUGAUAAUCAUAUGGUUCACAUUGUACGAGAGAAACCAACGUGGCCUGGAGCUCGAAUUCGUAAGAAGGGAGAAGGUAUGCCAAAUUAUGAAAAUAAUAAUCUAUAUGGCAUUCUCUACAUUACAUUUGAUGUGGAAUUUCCAAAGAAUGAAUUUAAUGCAGAAGAAAAAGAGGCUCUCAAGAAGAUUUUUAAACAAGAUUCCAUAGGAAAAGUCUACAAUGGAUUAAGGGGCUACUGAUAUACAUUAAACUAGAGGUUUUGUACAGAUUGUUAUAUUUGUGUGUGGAUUUAUUAAUGUGAUUGAGAAUGUAUGGUCACUUUAGUCUUAUAUAGGACAGUGUUUCUUUUGCAGAAGUUAAAAAAAGGGGGAAAUAUUUCCAAAUUGUUUUGGAAAAAUAACUUGCCAUUGUGAAUGUUGAAGCUGCCAUACACAAUACAAAGUUCUUGUACAGCAGAUCCUACUCUGAAUGUGUGUGUUCUUCAUUUUCAGUCUUGGGUGCAUGUUUAAAUAAGGAGUACUUGACAACGAUUUUCAUGAAUGUGUGUAAAACUAGUACUGUAUAUCUUUGGUAUGGAUUUCUUUUUACCUCAUAAUUCUUGACCCUUUAUAAAACAUUUUUGGAAACUAUAAAAUACAUGGUUAAAUGAAAUUACAUCGUUUCAUUUUACUAUGUACUUUUGUAGGGAGUGUUGGUAAAGUUCUUCUCAUUAAGAAUUGUAGGUUAUAUUAGUUGACAAAUUGUCACAAGUUAGUUACUUGAAACGGUCUCUUGUUUUAUGACAAGCGACACCUGGUAAUUAAGUGGGGAAUAAAAUUUGCCACAGGUCGUGUAUUGAAUAAUUUAAAUGUAUGGCAGACAACUUGUCCUUGGUUAAUAUUAAGAUUAACUCUUGGGAGAAACUGAUAGAAUACAGUACAUUAUGAGCUUUGUGUGGGUGAUGCAUUACAGCCUUGCACUUGUGCUCUUCGUCCGAGAUUUUAAUGUCUGGCAGUUUUUGUCAGUUUGCUCUUCCUCCACUCAUUUCUCUUGCCUUCUCUCGCACAUUACCACUGCCUUUUUUUCUCUCUCUCUCUCUCUCCACCGUCCUCACAUGUUACCACCCUCUCACGUUAACACCCCUUUUUCUCCACCCAAAUAUUACCCACCACUCCUCAUACAUUAUACCUCUCCAUAACAUUACUAGCCUUUUACACCCCAACCCUAACAUUACCACACUGACUGGAGGGUAGAGCGACGAUCUCACUUCGUGCAGGUUGCACACCAUUCUUUCCCAAAUCCUUAUCCUGAUCCCUUCCAAGUGCUCUAUAGCCUUAAUGGCUUGCAACUUUCUUCUUUUCCCACUUCUUUAUCCCCCACCUGAAAAUUAGCACCCUCUUUUUCCUCACAACCUUUCACCUUGCCACCUCUUUCACUUAUUGUCUUGCAACACAACUUUAACAUGGUGUGUGAUGGUCAUGUAUAUGAGAAUGUGUUGUGUGGCUGUUGGGGGGGGGGGGGUUCUUUGUCACUCGGCCACAAUUAUGUAAUGGUGAUACUAUAUAUUGUACUGGAAUAGCAUUGUUACUCAGGUUUAUGUAUCUUCAUGUAUCUAUUUAUACUUAAAGCCGUCUUGAGAAUUGAAGCAAAUAAAAACACAGGAUAGUUUUCUUUUUUCUACAGUACAGCCUUUUUGUGAAUACUUCAUGAAGUCAACAUUCAAAUAAAAUUCUCCAAAUAGGCAGUAUUACUUUUCAUAGUCAAGCUCGUUCUGUGAUAUUUUAUUUGCAAAUGAGUUAUGUAUGCUGUUUUCUGUGUAAUCCAGAAUACACUGGUUACUCUAUUUAAUCAUGGCUUAGCUUUGAGGAAUGUGGAAAACCCAUUGCUGGAGGCAAAGCCAUGGUCCAUACAAUGACACAAGAACUUAUAAAGCCAGGUAGCCAGGUAAAGCCAGGCUCUUAUUGUUUGCUUGGAUUGUGUGUGGGUGUAUGAUGCAUUACUAGGUGUCACACAACAUUGGCACUGGUGGUCAAGUAAGUGACUCAUGGGAGAGAUUAAUAAUUAGUAGUUAUGUCAUUCAAACACAAUAAUGCAAUGGAAAGGUUCAUUAUGAAGUCAAGUGGGAUUGAAUGUGGUUAGGGAAAAUUGUGGUAUUAUAAUACUCGUAAAGUCUCUUGGUUUAGGACUUUAUUCACAUGCACCAAUAUUCUUAGUAAGGUCAGCAUAGCACCUAGAAAAUUUAACACGUACAUCAGUUAAGCAUAAUACUUAGGGCUGUAUACACAUUCUUUCAGAAAAAUAAAAAUGUAUUUGACAAAGUGGUUAAAGCAACUGCUUCUAAUGCUUUAUCAAGGUCUUGGUUAUAUUUCUGAUGAUUAAGAACUGUGUAUUUGUUUAAAUAUUGUGAAAUUUUGUGAUAACAAAUUUCACCAAAAAUUCCCAGAUAUAUGAAUGUGUAGUGAAAAUGUUUUGUCUGUAAGCAUUAUUUGUCAGCAUUUCUACAUGCUCACUUUGAGACCAAUGAGUGAAUGUUGAAGAUUUGUGUGGUGUGAUUAAUAAAUCUAAAUAAAAUAUAAUGGUUCA